CGGGGUUGUUUUAUACCAAGGGACCUUUCCGGCGGACGACGCCAGCAUUCCGUUGGCGUUUUGUCAUUUGUUUUAUGCUCAUACUCCCGCCAUCCCGAGCCCUGUAGUGACGUCUCCGUGAAGCCGGUAAAUCAGUCACGGUGUAGUCAGCAGCUUUAGUCGAAUCACUAUCAGCCACCACGGAUGAUCGGUUACAUAUUCAUAUAUUUGACUUUCAGAGUUAUAUGUAGUGUCAUUUCCAAGUCAAGUCCAGGAUGUUGCUAUAACCCUCAAUGCCUCGAUGAAUUUCCGGAAAACCAUCUUGAGGACAGUCAGCGUGGUGCUGUCCAGUUUCGGGAUUCUCCUGAGUGUGCUAGCUAUCUUCAUUCAAACACUACUCCCAUCACAUUGGCAAUGGGCUUGGUCGAACCCACCCCCAUACGCCGGUGAAAAAUCACGAAGGACAAUAGUAGCUCGUCGCGUCAAGCGACCCGUUCCCAGGCCAGUUGCUUCGCCGACUUCAUCUUUUCUACGAUCGACCAGGUCACAUGAAACCAUACGCAGCAGCAUGGUUGAUGGGGCGGUACCGCAAAGCCAUGCGCAUGUAGAUUUACCAGCCUCCCUGAUGCCUGCAACGAAACUGCCCAUUCAACGAUCUAGUCACGGUGAAGUCUCGGAAGCCCACCGAAUUUUCAAGAGACAUACCCUUCCAGCCUCCCCGUUUGUUAAUUCGUGUCGGACAAUAGCUUCGCUAAAGCAAAGAUCGACGCACCUCAAAGGCAGAAAUUCUACGGGGUCAUUUUCUAGUUCUGUGAAAAUCCCAGACCCACCAUUACGGACACAGCCUUACGCAGCGCCAUACUUUUUUCCAGCACCUGGGACACUGGAAGCCAUUGAUUAUGUGGCGAAGACGCGAGAAGAGCUUCUGCGGCCUUCUGAAUUCAUGCAAACCAACACGAGGAAUAAGAGAACCUAAGGAUGCAGUACUAGUUGAUAGUAGAAGUAUUGAUAAGAUAAGAUAAUGAAUUGAAUUGGCCGUUCCGGAGAUUCCCACG